GUAACUAAAUUAAUAUUUAACCUGUUUUGCGUUGAAUAAGGAAUGUAACAAGUAAAGUUUUGAAAGCUUAAUUUGAAAUUGUUGGAAGCUGUUCCUUUGGGAACCACGAUAUUAUUUAAGAUGUAAAGCCUAUAAUAAAUAUCCUUAGUUCGAGCAUAACAGCAAAAUGUGUUUUGUUUCUUAGACAUUUAAGAGAUUUUUUGCCAUCGUCGCUAAAUGCGACUUGGGGGUUUUGUGGAAUCUUUUCCACCUAAGAGUUUCCUGGUCCUUUCACUGAAUUCUUGCUUUUUAUCCUAACAAUCACAAAUCAAAUGUUGUCCCAUUUGAUUUUCUUUAACAGUUUUCUUAAAUGUUAAAAGUAAUAUAUAAAUUUAUUUUUGAAAAGGUGGCCCUGUCUCUAGCCCACUUUGUUCUCUCUCUGGGUGGUGGGGAGGUGGUGUUCAUCUGUGACCUGGCUGGAACACUGCUGUCGAGGGGUUGGGUGGCUCCCAUAGCCAGUCCCACCACCAACCCUCCUGGUUCCUCAGUGGGUAGAGGAUUGUUGCAGAGUAGCCUCUCCACCCUUCUGGCUCAGCAUUCAGCUAUACCUUAUAAAUUCCAUCUUAAAAAACCCACUGGUGGGAUUCUUUCCUCAAGCAAAUAGGCAUGGCCAGAAACCUGGGGCUCGUCUACAAAUGCUAUACACGGUAGGUGCUGAUGAUGCAACUCUAAGGCUAGGUCCCUAAGGAGGUGAAGGAGCAGUGCCGGGUCGGAGGGAAGCCUUGAAGCUGUGGACAGUGUAGGGGAAGGUAUUUGCCUUCUCCAGCACAGGAACACUGUUCUGGGAAUCAUAAAAAUCAAACCCAAGUAAUGGGUAUUGAAUUGAUAUUAAAAGGGCCAUAAACUAUGGAAGCAGCCACUACCACCUAGCUCCACAGUGCCUUGAUCGGUUUAUAUGACUAGAUGCUUGGGAGGAUCAGACAUUAGAAUCUGUUAAGGAGCAGUUUUUCUAGGCCAAAUGACCAAGGAUAACCAGGGAAGGUAUACCUGACAUAGUAAAAAGAAUUGCCAAAUGAACUAUUUAGAAUAUUCUGACCCACAAUAUCUCAGAAUGAGUAUGAACUUUUUUUUUUUCUUUUCAGAAUCUAACAGUGUAUCAGACUCCUUUACUCCCAACUCCCAAGAGGCAGCAGAUCCGGGAGCUUCUUGAUUCCCUAAUAAAAACCGCUCUGACCAAAGGGAAGAUUAUUGAGAGUCGAUUUUUACAGGAGGGGUUUUCCUUGGCCAAGGAACAGGCCUUAUUAUCCAAGAUAUUUUACAGAGUUUUGCCAAAUAUAUUUGGAAUAGAAGAGGCAUGGACCCUGUAACGUGGGCUUCUUGGUCCAUGCAUCUAAUUCACCAGGGAUAAGGCUACACAUUUCAUUGCUUAUUUCUUCAUGUUGGUAGGGAGUCCUGGCCACUCACAGACCACCAUUCUGAGAUCAGCAAGAAAGGACAGAUGCAGAGAGACUUGACCAGUAUAUGGCUAAACACAGGGACGGCUCUAGGCAGAAGAGCUUCCAGAAAGUCUACAUUGACACUCUGCCAAGGUGCUCAGAAUGACAAAGCAGAGACAGGGUCUCUCUGAAGUGUGGGACUCAGGGAUGACACAAACAGCAAUCUUCCAGAAAGAGACUCCAUAUCAAUCAUUUUUCAUAGCAUAACUUUGAGGUAUGUUUGUGCUACAAUACUUCCUCCUUCUAGGAGUGAAGAUGAGAAGGCAGAGUGGGUAAAGGGGAAAGAACAACAUCCUGCCAUAUAUGUCGUGGUAGUUAUUCCUAUAAUGAUAGCACUUUGAUGCCCAUCUAUUCUACAAGUAGUCCCCAACUUAUGAUGUUCUGUUCCGACAACUGUCAUAAGUUGGUUCUGACACAAGUUGAAUAUCUUUUUUCUUUUUAAGUUUUUAUUAUUAUUGCCUUUUAUUAUCAGUAUCUUUAUAAAUCCGAUCUUUAUUUGUCUUAGGGGGUUAGAAACAUUACAUAUGAACAGGUAUAUUUUAACACAUACAUACAUACAUAACACACAAAUCAUAAAAAUUUACUCCGAGGAUGAAGAAGAGUUGGGCGACGUUGGCCUUUUGUCAGCUGCAGUAAUAACUAUACCUGUGGAAAGUUCUGGAUCAUCUGGAUUAUCCCUGGGAAUGGGGAUGGUGUUUCUAGUCAGAAAAUUAGAGUUUUCUGUAUGGUCCUUUUCUUUUGUUCCUUAUAUAUUUCGAGGAAACAUCUAACUGCUUCCUGAAUCUGCCUAUCGACUUUUAGCAAAGCAAUCAGCGUUUGGAUCCAUGUUCUCAAGCAACUGAAGCUCCUAAUUUAGUUUAGGAAAAACUCCAGCUAAUCCUUUCACUAAAAUUUUUUGACUUCUUUCUUCCCUCUUCCUCAUUCUUUCUUCUUCAACAUGUCUUUCCUCUUCAAAAUCCAUUAAGUCCUGAUCUGUCAGUUUCCCUUCCUUGUAAUCUAUGUGCUGUUCCACAUUGCCGAUACCAGGUUCUAAAUUCAGCAUUCUUGUCAUAUGGACGAUUUUUGCACCAAUCUCUUCCAUCAUAUUACCCUGAUCAAAUGCUUGGGGUGUGUUCACAUAACUCAGCAAUUUUUUCCAUAUCCUCUGGAUGCAUUUUCCCAUAACUUCGUCCCAGGAAGAUGCAAUGUUCCAGAUACACUGAUCAUCGUAAGUGUAGUUGGUUUUAACUCGAAUACAUCAUAAGUCAGGAACUACCAGUAUUUAAUAUUUUGAGUAGGAGAGAAAGAAUAAAGACAGAGGAGGACAUAAGGUCAUGGGAAGUGUAAAUACUACUCCAUCUACAUUGCACGUGCAAACAGGCCAUGCCUCAAACUUUCAGGCAGCCAUUAGACUGCUAGGAAUGAGACACACACACCCACUGGCAUCAACCACUCUAUGGGUACUACAUUCACCUGUGACCAAGCCGGAUGCACAAGACACUCAGUGUUGGCAAAGUGAAAGCCAUUAUUAUUAUUUAUAGAAAGGAAAUGGUAAACAAUAACAGAUUCCCAAAGGAGAACCAUUUGCCCUUCCCCAAAUUAGCCAUGUCCGUUCUUAUGUGGUUGGGCAGGUGCGCCGUGGUUCAGGCUGGAUAUGGUAUUCAUGUCGUCAUUGUCUGCUGUUAGCACCAUGCUGCUUGGAGGCCCUGCACAGCUCCUGAGGCUUCUACUGUGCUGCUGGGCCUCACUGGCCUCUGCUGCUGGCUCCUACCACACUACUCGGGCCUGUGGGGCUCUCUUGCCACCACACUACCAAGAUUCCCACUGCAUGGCACAUACUUAGGGCUCUCUUGCCCUGCACCAACAAGUGUUACAGCUCUUUUACCUCUGCUGGCAAGCCUUCUGCCCAGAGGCAUCUGGCUCCACUCUGCUGUAGGAAGAGCCCUGCAUAAGAUCACUCGAGGCAGCACCUGCCCAGGGUACACUCAGGCUUCUGCCCUGCCUAGACAAGUGUUACAACUCUUUUAGCUCCCAGCAAGUCCCUGCCAAAGAUGCUCAGCUCUCACUCCGUGGUCUUGCAAGCCCACCACUGCUGUCUCUUGCUUGCCAUCUUGCGCCGUCUUCAGUGUUACAGCUCUUUUCUGGGUCUGGAAGGUUCUCAGUGCAGGGACUCCGAGUCCAAAGGACGUGCACCACUCCAGACUUUGCCCCUUGAACCUCUGUGGGAUUGGCCCUUAUAUAAGUCUACUCCUUGUCAAUUUCAAGGCAUAGUCCUCCCAGCAGGACCAUGAACUGACUGAUCCCCUCAGUAGACCAAAGUCACACAAUUUGCAUAGUCCGAGACAAUCGUUUUGUGGGAGUUACAAGACCGUGGCUAGAAAAGCCAUGUAAAUGUGAUUCGUUGCACCACGAGAAGGAUGUUUUACAACUUAAUUUCACAUAUAAUGUGAUAUGGUAUUAUAUAAUAGGAUAUUGGAGAGACUUGAACUCAUUUAAAGGCUUAAGGAGCCAGGAGAAAGGGCGAGAUGAAGGGUCAAAAGGAGAUAAUCCAAUGGUCAAGGCUCCUGAGGAUGCAGAAAGAGAAUGGGGUCUCAGGUAUUUCUCUGCCUAAAUUACCUCCUUGUCUGCCUUUUAACUUCCUCCCUUUCCUUCCUUAUCCAUCUGAAGUUUCAUCCUCUGAUCCCUUCACUCCACUAGCACAGAGCUCCUCGUUCCCUGCCCUAUGUUUCUCCCAAGCCUACCGCACACCUCCAGGAACGCCCUCAUGCACUGCAUUGUGAUUUCUGUGUGCCACUCUGCCUCCCCUAGUAGAAUGUGAGUUCUUCCAGCAUUGAUGGCCUGUAUCAUUCAGUAAGGUGCCUGGCAUAUGGGAGAUAAUCAAUUUGCUCCACUUCCUGGUGCUGCAGCCCACCUGGGUGAUUCAGAGCUCCAAAGCACUUAUUGUUUGUUGCUGUCAAGUUGGCUCUGAAUCAGGGCCACCCCAUGUGUGCAGAGUAAAACUGCCCCAUAAGGUUUUCAAGUUUGUGACCCUUCAGAAGCAGAUUGCCAGUCCUUUCUUCUUAGGCACCUCUGAGUUGGUUAGAAUCACCAACCUGUCGGUUAGUGAAGCCCUUUGCCAUUUGUGCCACCCAAGACUCCAAAACACUUCAGAGCUCCCUAAAUCAGGCAUCACCUCACCCUCUUCAGAAAGAACAACUUUUUCCUCUAAGUAAAAGCACCCUAUCCCAUUCUGGAAUAUUCUAGAACAACUAGUUCCCUUUGCUUAUUAAAAAACCCAAACCCACUGCCGUCGAGUCGAUUCCAACUCCUAGUGACCCUAUAGGACAGAGUAGAACUGCCCCAUAGAGUUUCCAAGGAGCGCCUGACGGAUUCGACUUGCUGACCACUUGGUUAGCAGCCAUUGCACUUACCCACUACGCCACCAGGGUUUGCAUUUAAUUAGUAUACUUAAUACUGUCACAUUUAUAAUUUUUGUCUGUUGAUCUCAAGGCCUUGAGUUUCCUACCGUCACUGCAGGACCUGGUACUAAACCCACCCACUGGGGUGUGGUGGGGACAGACGUUGCUGCUAAUGGGAGUACACGUCAUGGGAAAGAACAAUAUUCAAGGGGCUUGGCAAGAAUUGAUCAGAGUCCAGCAGAACGAGCACUGGAGAGCAAGUAGAGCCAGCUAGGAGAAUUCAGUAGCAGUUGAUACCAAGAGGUACAGAGAGGCAGGUGGCAAGGAGUAGGGUCUUACUGCCUAGCCCCAGAUUCAAGAUUUUAUGUCUCUUCAAGGGAAACAGGCAAGAGAAAGGUUGGUCCCAAGUCUAGAGGGAAGGACUUGGGGUGUGAGGACAUGACCAGACUCUCAGUGAGGACUGACACUGCAUUCGAAGCCUAGAACUCUCUCCUGCCUGAACUAAGCAUUUGCUCCAGAGUCAGGUCUGUGGUUGACCUGCAGGUGGGGGUUAAAGAGCCUCACUGAGGACAGAAUAGGCCUGAGAAGCCAGAAACAGGUCACCUGACAGGCCAGGGAGGAAGGGAGGUAAAGGACCCACCACAUUAUGAAAAACGUACCAGGUCAUGCUUGCCCAGCAGGCAGCACAAGAACGUCACUGGAAACAAUACCAGUCUGCUCCGUAGCUGGGCUUAUCCCUGUGCAAGGAAGUUCUAAUGAGCAUCCAGCAUUUGCCCAGUUUCUAACCCAUUUCUCCUGUUACAUGGCAGAAAGCUCCUCCCCUGUGAUAUACAUGGAAGUUCCUUCUUUCUAGUGAAUGUCUCUUAGUCCCCUAAUCGGAGUCCUUUGGGAUAUUAAGAACUAUAAAUAGCCAAACAUCCAGCUCAGUCAAUCAACACUCAGUGUCAAUUGCUUCAGUCCUAUAGUCAGAUUUGUUUUUUUUUUCUCAAUAGCUUUGGUGAGAUAAAUCUUAACUAAGUGGGUUGGGGACAGAGAGGAUGACACAUUAUUUCUGAGCACAAAGCACUUGGGAGAAGGAUGGGCUUCUAAGAGUUUCCGAAGGGUCAGAGGCUGCAUUCAAGAGCUGGGAGGGAGAAGCCAGGGAGACAGGUGACAAAAGUGUUUAGGCAUGGGCUGAGCUCCUCUUAGCCCCAACCUCAUUCCUUGGCGCUUUGCUCUGUGGCACUAGGUGGAGAUCCGCAAACUGUAUUUCCCACACCCUCUUGACAGUUGGCUUUCUGCCAAUGGGAGGCAUGUCAGAGAGUCUGGAGGGAGAGAGGGGUGAAGAGACCACCUCUGUCUCCAGUCCCUGCCAGUGUCUCUCCAGCCAUAGCCCACACACAGCCUCUGGCGGCUCGGCCUUCCCUGAAUUAGCCACCUCACAUGCCCUCAGAAGUACCAGCACAAACUGGGAGCGUAAACAGAAUCACCUUCAAGCUUCUAGCUUCUGGCAGCUCAUUUUAGCCUUUUUGUUCCACAGUCUAAAUGGUAGCUGCUUUUUGCAUUGCUGAUAUCCAGGUUAUUGCAGUAGUUUCUGUAAGCUCUUACAACCUUCCAACACCUAUGUAAUCAUUUCCUUCUCUUUGAAAUACCUACCAUGAUUUUUGUUUUCCCGAACAGACCCUGAAUGUAUAUAUUAUUGUAUUGCUUCAUUCAUGUAUGUAUAUAUUUAUUCAUAUGAGAUCAAUUUCUAAAAAAAUAUUGGAAGAGGUUUUCAACAAAAUCGUAUCAAUAUGACCAAAAUUCAGUUAACAUAACUGAGUGAGAGGAGGGAGCCCUUUUCAAUAAUUUGUUUGUGUUAAAUAAAAUGAGUAAUAUUUCUAAAGCAUCUGCAGAGGCUUUGAGCUGGUAAGGAGAAAAGACCAGGAAGUUGCUCUUUGUUCAGCAGAGCAUCAUAUCUAAUUUCUAGAUACUGAGACAGGGGCCUGGGACUUGGUUCCUUAGAGAACGGACAGCCUAUUGCCUUGUGUAGGUGAUUAGCAAAAAUUGUGGCGAACACCUAGAGCAAGACCAAGUAAGAAGGAAGCAGGGAGGAUCUAAAGAAGUGAACGGCCAACAAAUGACUUCAAACGACCAAUGAAUUUCGAAUAUUGAUAUCUAACAUUCAGUUAAAUUUUUAUUAUCUAUUAAAGUAGUGUAUUAACACAGACUUAUCAUAACGUAUUCAAUCAAUUUAAAAGUAGAGUCAAAAAGGAAAGAAACCCUUCAUUCCUUCCCCUUGAUCUACUUAACCAUAUAGACAUCCAAAGGGUUUCAUACCAUACUUACCCAGUGCCAUCGAGUCGAUUCCGACUCAUUACGACCCUAGAGGACAGGGUAGAACUGCCCCAUAGAGUUUCCAAAGAGCCCUGGCGGAUUCGAACUGCCGACCCUUUGGUUAGCAGCCGUAGCACUUAACCACUACGCCACCAGGGUUUCAUACCAUACUUAUUCACUAGCAUUCUUUUUUUCAGUUAAAAAUACAUCCUUUUACUGGCUAAGUAAUAUACCAAAUUAUGGAUGUACCACGAUUAAUUAUAAUAGUCACCAAAUGAUGAACAUUUGAACUGUUUAAAUUAUUUUUUUAAUUAUUAUGAAAAAAACAAUGUCCUUGUGACUUAUCUUCUUACAGACGAGCAAGUAAUUCUGUAGGGGAGAUUCCUAGAAGGGGAAUUACUAAGCGACCCUAUCUAUAUGACAGAGUAGAACUUUCACAUACAGUUUCCAAGGAGCAGCUGGUGGAUUUGAACUGCUGACCUUUUCGUUAGCAGCCAUAGUUCUUAACCAGCAUGCUACCAUGGUUUCCAGCCAAAAGUUACCAAAAGAAAGCCCAAACCUGUUGCCAUCAAGUCAAUUCUGACUCAUAGAGAUCCUAUAGGACAGAGAACUGCCCCAUAGAGUUUCCAAGGAGUGCCUGGUGGAUUCAAACUGCCAACCUUUUGAUUAGCAGCCAUAGUUCUUAACCACUAGGCCACCAGGGUUUCCAGCCAAAAGUUAGGCACAUUUAAAUGUACUGACAAACUGCUCCAAAAAAUGUCCCUGUAAACCUUCCCACGAAAGCACAUGCUACCCUAUGUCCUCACAUACAGUUGGGUAUUAAUCUUUAACACUGCUUUCCAAUCUAACUGGUGACACAUGGCACCUCUUUGUAAUUCACAUCCCUUGAGUAACAAUGAAGCUGGACCUCCUUCAAUACAUUCAUUGGCCAAGUGUAUCCUCUUUUCUGUGAAUUCGUUUUUUGUAUCCUGUGUUUAAUUUUUAUAUUGGUUGUUCAUUUAUCUUCCUGAUUUGUAAAAAUUUCUUACAUCCAUGGAUUUGAAUCCCUCUUUGUUAUAUAUGUCACACACAUUUUUGGCUUUAUCUUCAUCUCCAUGGCAUACCUGGUUUCGAGAUGAAGAGUUCUUUGAAUUGAAGGCAGCCAAGACAAAGAAGAAGAGAUGACGGAUGGAAAAAAAGGAGUCCUUCUUCAGUUACUUCUGCGGGGUGAGCAGGCAGUGAAGCAUUGAGGCAACAGGGCAUGCUUUGGAGACCAAGGGGUUAUGGUUCACCCCUUAGUAACUAUGUGACCUUGGACAAAUUUUUCAACCUUUCAGAGGCUCAAUUUCUUCUAGAAAAGAGUGCAAGUGAUAAUAUUUACUUCAAAUAGAGUUGUUGUGUGGAUUAAAUGAGUUGUUAUUGUUGCCCUUGAGCUGGCUUCCAGCCGUGACGGCCUUAAGUAUUACAGAACAAAACGUUGCCCAGUCCUGCACUAUCUACAUGUAAAGGACUUGCUUCAGGGACAGACCUUAAUAAAUAAGCAAUGAAAAGUUCACAGUUGAGCCCAAUAAAACGAUAUGUAUAGAUGGCUUUUGACCAUCUGAAAGGGCUAUGAACACAUAUGUUGACAUUAGGUUAACAUAUAAUACACUGAAAGUCUACGAGAUCUGUGACACCUUUCUUAGUUUUAAAGUUUGGAGAUUGGAAUUCUCUGAGAGUUUCAGGUCAACUUCCACUGGUCAAUGAUUUGCAAACGAGGGCACUGGGUUGGCAGAGGAGGAGACUAACUCAGGACUAGAAGAAAAGUAUUGGGGGCAACAUAACUGAACUAUUGUAAAGGUGAAAGGCAGGAUUUUUCUUCACUAUGGCUGGAACAGAGGCACUUUUGAUUCUGGAAAAUUUCAUAGGUGGAAAAUUUUUACCUUGUAACUCAUAUGUAGAUUCUUAUGACCCAUCUACAGGGGAAGUGUAUUGCAGAGUGCCAAAUAGUGGAAAAGAAGAGAUCGAAGCCGCGGUGGAGGCUGCCAGAGAAGCCUUUCCAGGUUGGUCAGCCCGGAGCCCCCAGGAGCGCUCACAGGUCCUGACCCGGCUGGCGGAUUUGCUGGAACAGUCCCUGGAGGAGUUCGCCCAGGCAGAGUCCAAAGACCAAGGGAAAACCGUAACACUAGCGAGGACCAUGGACAUUCCCCGGUCUGUACAGAACUUCCGGUUCUUUGCUUCCUCCAUCCUUCACCACACGUCAGAGUGCACGCAGAUGGACCACGUGGGCUGUCUGCACUAUACGGUGCGGACCCCCGUGGGGAUUGCUGGCCUGAUCAGUCCUUGGAAUUUACCACUCUAUUUGCUGACCUGGAAGAUAGCGCCGGCGAUUGCUGCUGGGAACACUGUGAUAGCCAAGCCCAGUGAGCUGACUUCAGUGACCGCGUGGAUGUUGUGCAAACUCCUGCCUAAAGCAGGGAUUCCACCAGGUGUGGUCAACAUUGUGUUUGGAAUGGGGCCCAUAGUAGGUGAGGCCCUGGUGUCACAUCCGGAGGUGCCCCUGAUCUCCUUCACGGGGAGCCAGCCCACAGCUGAGCGGAUCACACAGCUGAGCGCCCCCCACUGCAAGAAACUCUCCCUGGAGCUGGGGGGAAAGAACCCUGCCAUUAUCUUUGAGGAUGCCAACCUGGAAGAGUGCAUUCCAGCCACCAUCAGGUCCAGCUUUACCAACCAGGGUGAAAUCUGCCUCUGUACCAGCAGGAUCUUUGUCCAGAAGAGCAUCUACAGUGAAUUUUUAAAGAGAUUUGUAGAAGCUACCAGAAAGUGGAAAGUCGGUAUUCCCUCUGAUCCAUCGGCCAGCAUGGGAGCACUGAUAAGUAAAGCUCAUUUGGAGAAAGUCAGAAGUUAUGUCAAGAAAGCUCGUGCUGAAGGGGCUCAAAUUCUGUGUGGCGAGGGAGUGGAUAAAUUGAGCCUCCCCCCGAGGAAUCAGGCUGGCUACUUUAUGCUUCCCACAGUGAUAACAGACAUUAAGGAUGAAUCCUGCUGCAUGAAGGAAGAGAUAUUCGGCCCGCUGACGUGUGUUGUCCCCUUUGAUAGCGAAGAGGAAGUGAUUAAAAGAGCCAACGGCGUUAAAUAUGGCCUGGCAGCUACUGUGUGGUCCAGCAACGUGGGGCGUGUUCACCGGGUGGCUAAGAAGCUGCAGUCAGGUUUGGUCUGGACCAACUGCUGGCUCAUCAGAGAGCUGAACCUUCCUUUUGGGGGGAUGAAGAGUUCUGGGAUAGGUAGAGAAGGAGCCAAGGAUUCUUAUGACUUCUUCACUGAAAUCAAAACUAUCACUGUUAAGCACUGAUCCUCACUGGUGGAGAUGCUGUUAUGGCUAAUGCCUAUCAGUAACCAGUUCUGUUCAGGUGACCCUGACUCAAGGUUAAAGCCCAGCUGAAGAGAAUUAGUUGUCCAGUUGCGGUGAAUGAAAAUACUGGCAUAAAUCCCAGCCAUGUCUUGACUCAGCAGAAUAUUAUUUCUAGCUUAUCCUCAGAGUUAGUCCUUUUACCCACCAGUGAAGAGAUGCAGCCUAUUUUCAGCAUGGAGUCAGUGAAGAGAAGACUUCUGAAUAGGAAGGCACAGGAAGGAAGCCAAACAGUCUUCAGUCUCUUCCCAUGUUGUGUUUUCAUAGUUUGUUUUUUUUUAAAAAUAAUUUUGAUUACAUUCUUGGGAAUUCAGAAUUUUUUUUUUUCAUUUGCAAAUUUAUGGUUAAAAAAAAAAAUCCAAAGACAAACAAAUCACUAUAAUUUACUACCUUGGGGAGAUUGUCCAGAUGGUUUCCCUGUCCAUUAGCCACUAACAUUGCUGAUUGAUCAUUGACUGUAUCUCAUUACAUAUGAGAGUGGUAAAUGUCUUUGAUAAACAUAGCAAUUACUUUGUCAGAGAAAACAUACAUGGUAAAAAAAUGGUAGGCCCAGAUAAAUUUAUCUGUGUGAGGGCAGUGAAAAAUAAAAUGACUACUGCUUUUCAUGGCAACUUGUAACAAGAAGAUGAAAUAGUUUGAUCCAGUUCUAAUGUCACAUCUUAUCAAUUCCAAUUCUUAGCAUAUGUAGCCUUUGAGGAUGUAGUUCACUAAUCCGAAAAAAAGUAAUAAAUGUUAAAUAGUUUUCGUAGACAGUAUGGCAUAUACCUUCUUGAAUUGUCUUUUAUUCUUACUUAUCCUCACCCUCUUAGGAGUAUGGAUUUUACAUGAAGUAGUAAGGGUAUAUCUAACCAUUUUUUCUGGUCCUCAAAUGAUCAGAGGAGAAAACAGGUUUACAGAUAUUAAGUAACAUGCUUAAGAUCUCACACUGGUAUGUAGUAGAGGUGGGAUUUGAACCCGUGGCUCUCGGACUCCAUGAUCUGUAAUCAGUCUUGGAUUGUGCUCCAGAAGUACUGAAGUACUUGUGGUCUCUGGAACACUUUAUGUUCUCUUAUGUUUUGCCUCUCCCCUCCUUUCUUCUUCCUGACUUCCCUCAGUGUGGGUGAGGGGCCCCUCCACAGUGGCCACAGCAGCCCAGAAACUCCUCCAGCACAACCCUGUUCGCAUGGACUGAGCCAUCUGAUGGUGUGUCUGACUCCCCGGGCAGACAGGAAUUGUUAAGGUUAAGGCCAUAGGUUAAUCCCCACUGAAGUCUCGAUUAACAGAGCACCUGGCACCUCAAAAUGAGUUCUGCAAAUGGAAUGAUAUUUUCCUGCUGCUCUGGGUUAUUUGUUGCGUGGUGUGUGUGUGUGUGUGUGUGUGUAUGGUGGAGGGACAGAGUAAGCUUUAUAAUUUUGCUUAGGAUUUCUGAUAUGUUGGCUUGUUCAUAAAUACUGAAUAAGCCACUUUGAGGUCAAGUAAUAGUGUCAGAUCACAUCUAGUUCCUAGCUUCUGCCUUCCUUCCUUUCUCCUUUCCUCACCUCCCCCAUUCCCAUGCUAAGACCAUGUGACUGCCAUCAGUUUAGUACGGGACCAAUUCUGAGUAUUAGCAGAAGGAACGUCAGCAGCUCCAGCCUCUAAGAGUCUGCAUCUUUACAGUUGUUAUUUGUCUGUCCAAGCUCAUUUUAUUCCUCAGACUUAAGCUGUAUCUUGAUUCCUUGCUCCCUUUGCUUGAUUUACCCACCUCCCAUCAUACUUGUUUUCUGUCUACAAGACUCUUCUCUCUAGGCUUAGAGCUAGCUGUGCUCCUGUCAGUUCUUGUCCUGCUUCUGGAUCCUGCCCUGUGGAAGGGCCUGCUUCCCAUUGACAGGUAUUCUGGAUGCAACCUGCCUGCCUCUGUGUCUUUCUGGAUCUCUAGAAGUCCCUCCUGGGCUUACAAAGCAGUCUCAUGAAUGGGAAUUUGACUAAAUGCUGUUCUCGCCACCAAAACAUUGCCCCAGUUCUCAGUUGCUAAAAGCAUUGGCUAUAGUGUACUAGCACCCCCAGGUGGACCUUUUCUGACUGGAAAGGAUUCCAGCCCAUGCAAGUGAGUUGAGUGUAGUUACAAGACCUUACUCCUUCCCGGCAUUCCAGGCCAUUUUAGCUCCCCACAGCAGCUAAGGAUGAUGUUCUAGUUUAUUGUGGAUUAAACUGUGUCCCCCCCGCCCCCCAAAUAUGUAUUGGAAUCCUAACUCCUCUACCUGUGGAGG